UUAAGACAGUCUUUCCCAAAGUGGGCGAUAACGCCCCCUUGUGGGCGCUGCAGGUCUCAAGGGGGGCGGUAAGACACCCAAAAAGAAAAUGGGGGCGUUGUGUUGAGGCGGGGGGGGUUGAUUUGUUAUUUUAUUUAGCUAGGCCUCUUAAACAACGACUGCAAGAGCUCUCGACUCACAACAACAACUUGUGAACAUCAACUAAUAUGAAUUAAAAGAUUGCUCAAACUCGGUUCUAUAUUUCUCUCCGCGUAGGUAGUAUAUGAACUACGCCGUAGUUCAUAUAUCUGUGCUAUUUUAUUGAAUGUAGAAAAAAUGAAAAUCAUGUCAAUCGGUCGCUCCGUUUCGUAAUGAAAGUAGACACAAACAAACAAAUGAAAAGGCAACAGACACACUUUCGCAUUUUAAUAGUUAUUAGUACUCGUAGAUAUCAAUCAUGUUUUAACAAGUUUUUGUUAAAUAGCCCGAAUUGUGCAUUCCUGUAUUAGUCGGCUGGUUCAUUGAAUACUUGUUCGGACUUGUUGAGUACCAUUGAGCGUCGAAUGAGAUAAACGAGUUUAUGCAUGUUUGUUUUAUUCCUGUCGGUGCGUGCUGCUUAAGCAUUCCUAUAUAAACAAUGUAAUAUUUAUUUUAUUUUCAUUUGUGGUUUCGCGUGCAAUAGAUGAGUAGUACUUACGCCUCCUCUACACUACUUGCGAAGUUGAACGUAUUUCUCAAAGCAAAACAAUGUCGGAAGUAAAAAAGAAGAGACGGCAAUACAGUGCGGAAUAUAUCAAAUUCGGAUUUAUUGAAAAUCCCACAAACCCGUCGUCGCCUUUGUGUCUUCUAUGUCUAAAAACAUUUUCGAAUGAAGCAAUGAAGCCUUCAAGGCUGCAAGAUCAUUUGAAUAAAAUGCAUCCAAAUAAGAAAGACAAGAAUGUAGCAUAUUUUCAAGACCUAGAGAAGAAGCAUAAUACUCAGCCAAGUGUAGCAAAACUAUUUUCGACGGCUGCUAAGCAAGAUAACGACGGACUUCGAGCUUCGUACAAUAUCUCUUUGUUAAUUGCUCAAAAAGGCAAACCACAUAACAUCGGAGAAGAGUUAAUAUUGCCAGCAAUAAAUGAAGUAAUAACUACUGUGCUUCAUAAACCGGCCGCAGAUAUUAUCCGAAAAAUUCCUUUGAGUAAUAAUUCUGUGCAAAGACGAAUUGAUGAAAUGGCUGAAAACAUUGAAGAAUCUUUGUGCGAUCACCUGAGGACAAGUCAAUUCUCAAUUCAGCUCGAUGAGUCCACUUUACCAACUAAUGAAGCAUUGUUGUUGUCUUACGUGAGGUUUAUUAAAGAUGAGAAAAUAUGUGAAGAACUAUUAUUUGCUAGAAAUUUAGAGACCGAUACAAAAGGUGAAACCAUAUUCAAUACAUUGGAAAAGUUUUGCGAUGAGAAAGGGAUUCCUUUGAAAAAUAUUAUUUCAGUUGCUACGGAUGGCGCUCCGGCUAUGACAGGGUGCCAUAAAGGCUUCAUAGCGUACUUAAAAAAUAAAAUUUCAGAUGUCCUUGCUGUACAUUGCGUUAUUCAUAGAUAACAUUUAGUAGCUAGAAACUUAAGUGAAAAACUAUUUCAAUCACUGCAAUAUGUCAUCAAAGCAGUCAAUAAAAUUCGCAACAGCUCUUUGAAUGAUAGAUUAUUUCAUCAGCUUUGUGUUACUAAUGACGAGGAUUUCAACCGUUUGUUGUUUCAUACUGAAGUUCGUUAGCUAUCAAGAGGCAAUUGUCUGACUCGAUUUUACAACCUGUUUGACUCUGUUAUAGAGUUCUUGGAAACUAAAGAUACAGAAUUGAAAGACAAGCUCAUAACAUCAAAGAAUGAUAUAGCUUACAUGACAGACCUGUAUAAAUUAUUCAACGACAUGAAUCUCACACUGCAAGACGAUAAACUAAAUUUAAUUAAAACAAAAAACGUCGUUGCUGCUUUCGCAGCCAAACUGCUUCUACACAAAAAGAAUCUGGGCAGACGUGAGUUUCACAAUUUCCCAAAUUUAUCAGUAUCAUGCAGUAACGACGAAUUGUUUGCCUACUGCCAACAUUUGGGAAACCUCCACAUUGAUUUCACCGAACGGUACCAGGACAUUUUGAACUUGAAAUACCAGACUGCGUGUAAGAUCCGUUUUCAAAUGUCAACACAGCAAUGUCACCUCAGCUGGAAGAAGAGCUUAUAGAAUUGACAACAAACGAGGAAAUAAAAAUCAAGUUCAAAAAUGGUUACCAAGAAUUUUGGCUACAAAAACCGAUCCCGCAAUUGUACCCUGGAUUGUGGUCAAUCGUUCAACGAUUCUUGAUAGCAUUCCCAUCGUCAUAUUUGUGUGAACGUGGAUUUAGUGCUGUGACAACACUGCUUACUAAAAAGAGAAAUCGUUUGCUUGUUACCGAACGUGGCGUUGCGACUGUUCUUGAGUAAAUUGGAACCUGAUAUUAACAAACUUAUUAAACAGCAUCAGAUUCAUCCAUCACAUUA